UCUCAUUCGCUUACUCAUCGGCUGCAGCAGCUGGAACAUUUGCCUGUGAGUCGAGGUUUAACUCUGCAGCUGUUUCCUUCUGUUACUACUUUUGGAGGAUGGAGACACACACUUCAACACACACUUAACAUUUCGCACUCUUACAUUCCUGACUGCGCCUCCACACUGUUGCCUUGGGAACAGAAGAGGGAAAAACAACACCUUGUUUUAUCACUACGGAGCUGCUGAAUGUGGACGUAUUUUUCCUGUAAAUUAAAGGCAAAUGUGAUUUUAAAUGACAGUGUGACACCUAGUGGUGACUUUUUAGUAUCACAUCUAUUUAACUCAGCUGUUUCCUUUCACGAGGAGCCUAAUCCACACAGCCAAGGACACUUAAUCCCAAUUAUAUUUGAGACCAUCUUCAUGUCUGCGAGUAAAAAUAAAGAAGACUCCCAGGCCAGAGAUGAAAUAUUGAACAGAAAAAUGUCUAAAUUCUCAUUUAGGUCAUUAAAAAAAAAAAUUAAAGUAGAAAUUAAAAACAAUUCAUAUAAAAAAAAAGUUGGCAAAGGUUUUCUGAAAGGAUUUGGAAGUGAUUUCAUGAGAGAGACAUGGUGGAGUGUUGUCAUCUUUGGCACACACUCGUAAACCUCCUAAAACCAGUGAACCAGAAAAGAUGCAAUAAAGAAAUAAAAGAAAGGAAAAAAAGGUGGGAUCAAAAACUGACUGAAAAAGAAAGUAAUAUAAGUUAUGGCAUAGAAAUUGAAAAACAUAUCAGUACAAAAAAGUAUUUUCAUUCAUCCUUUUAUUCACAGCACCACCAGAACUCAGGUUGCCUCCCACUGUCCAUAAACGGGCAGAGUUGAUUUGGUGACUUCAGUCUCACCCCAAGUACUGUAUCCUCUGUUUUUGGUUGGAAACUGGAGUACCAGGAGGAAACCCAUGCAUUUGCUAGAGGCCUGACAAAGUCCACAUGGCAGCCUCAUGUGCGCCCCACUAAACAUGUACUCUGGUGCUGUUUUCCUCAUCACUAAAGCGUUUUAGCGUCGUCCAUGUGCUUUGUUUUGGAGACAAUCUUGACAGCUUAUUGGAGGGAUUUCCAAAAGACGGAGUUGAUUCUUCACCGAUUAUCUUUAAUGCAACGUCUGACCCUCAGCUCAGUCUCGCGCCAUGAGUUAAGUGAACGCUCCGACAGUUGUGCUUUUUAAUCAAAUUAUCUCCAGUCUGGACAAUGAGCUGCGGACGCAGGGCGACAACUGCUCUCAGUUCAGAGGAGGCCAGGGGGUGAGGCUAUUUUGAAAAGUGACCCCCCGACUGCAGACGUGAAGAAGGGCGGGGAGGGAGUCAUACACUCUUACACACAGCUGCUCGGAACCAUGACAGAAGAUGACGGAUACUGUAGUAUCGGAGGGGCAAGUCAAGUUCCGCGAUGGAAAGAAGUGGAAGUCUCGCUGGGUCGUCGUCCAGAAACCUUCUCCAGUGGCAGACUGUCUGUCUGUGCUGGUGUACAAAGACAAGAAGAAAGGGAAGCAGAGAGCUGUCGGACGGAAAGAUCCUCUCAGCUUGACUCUGGAGGGGAUAUGUGGAGUUGAGCCCGGCCCGGGCUACGACGGCGUGUGCUACACCCUCUCCGUCCUCUGCCUCGCCCACACACUCAUCCUGGGCUUCCGCAGCCGGGAUGCGCUCCAAGCCUGGGACUCUCGACUCCGAUACAGCCUAGGAGAAGUCCACAGCUUCAGCAUCAACGUGGAGCCUGGUACCAAACUGCAGAGCGGGCCGGCCACGCUGCACCUCUGCAACAACCUGCUGACCCUCAGCAGGAGCCUGCCGCCCAUCGUGUUCGGAUAUUGGAAGUUAUCGGCGUUGCGGCGGUACGGAGCCGUGCCCAGUGGAUUUGUGUUCGAGGGAGGGACUCGCUGUGGAUACUGGGCGGGCGUCUUCUUUCUCUCCUGCUCUGAGGGAGAGAACAUAAGCUUUCUCUUCGACUGCGUCGUCAGAGGGAUCGCGCCCAGCAGAGUUCCACGUGGACUGCAGCCCGCCCUGCCAGGAGAUCCCACUGCAGAUCCACUUGCAGCUGAAGAACGGAUUAACCAGGAGGCGUCGGAGCUGGAGAAGAGACUCAGCAUGUUGUCGACCUGCAGCCUGGCGAGCAGCGCUGCAUCCACCUACAGCUGCAGUACCUCGGUUGCCGGGGACGACCACAGCAGCAUCUCCAGCUCGUCCUCCAGCCAGUCGGACACCAGCUACGGAAAGAAACUGCCGUUCUGGGCAGAUCCCUUGGCGAAGCUGCACCUUUCCUCCGAAACAGCGUCCAGCUCCUCCACACUCAAGGCCAUGACCAGCUCGGACGACCGGCUAUAUGUGGCGGGCGGGUCUGUGACCCGACCUCCGUCCUCCCAUCUGCGAGGUCUUCACGACAGCGGGAGGCAGAGCUCACUGGACAGUGGUAUCGGGAUUGCAACGGGGAGCCAGUCGUCCUACACAGGCAGCGUUUCCUCCUGCACUGGGAGUCAGGACAUCACAAGUCACGCAGGAGGCGAGGAGUUCGGCUCGUUCGGCAGCUUACCUGCAGCCCCCCCGUCCUCACCCCCUCCUCCUCCUGCCUUCCAGUCCACGCUCGCAACAUCGUCCUGCUCUUUAAGGUCCAGCUCCAGUGCAUCUCAGAGGCACGGUGAGGACUACAGAGUCCCCAGCCUGCUGGGCCUGCACUAUGACACCCCCCGCGGCGUGUCCCAGAGGGCCUCCGAAGCAGCCCGAGGAACAGCAGAUCUGAGCGGCAGCAGGUGGAGGGGGGAGGAUGCAGUGGAGAGUCAGGGUCAGAGAUUACUCAGUAGCCUCACAGGAACCCAGCAGCUGCAGGCUGGGAUGCAGCGCUCGCUCUCCUGGGGCAGUGAGAGGGCGCCACCACUGGACCCAGAGAGGACCAACACUCUGUUCACUGAGGAACAUGAGAACUACAUCACGGCAGAGCAGUGGAGGCUGAGGAGUGGAGGCCUGCAGCAGGUGGGAUCUCCGCCGUCGUCCCCCGUGCCUCCGCCGUCUUCACCAGACCCGCUGCUCUCGCUGGCAGAGGAACGCAGAGAUUUGAGAGAGGCUGCCAGUCAGAGGAGGCCCCUGUCCCCUUUCCUGCCUCUCUCUCUGAGCGCACACUGGUCUGCUGCAGGAAAUAGAGACCUCAGGCCUUAUGAAGAGAGCGACUCUGUCUACGUCAACAUCGCCAAGGUCAACACAGCGAUGGCAAACAGAUGGCUCUCCAGACCCCACAGUGCCAACAGAGGUGACCCGACGGCCCACUCCUCUGCUCUGCCGCCGCCGUGGAAACCUCGAACGACAAACUGACUCACCUGGAGAGUCGACGUCGCUACAGCCAUUCCUAUAUAAGCGCUGAUCCAGCAGCUGCUCUGGAAGUCAGUCUUGUUUCUUUGGCUCAUUUCAUAGUCACUUAGAGCUAUAGGUGUUUAGAGAAAUGACCCGGUCUGUCGAAGGUCAGAUCGAAAGUGAUGCGGCGUCACAAAACAGCGCCCUCUAGCUGGCAGUCUCUAGUCUUUAAAUGAGACCUCAUCACUAGCGCACCAGGGUCUGAGCUUUGGACACAAGGCUUCGUGAAGCUCCAUCAGGCAACUGCCACCAGCGACGCUGGGGGGGGGGCGAUAUUCCCUGUCUCGUAGCAGCACGACUAGCUUAGCUUGAGCAGUUUCAGUGUUGACCCAGCUCCGUCUUUGGGAUCCCAAGAUGUUCUGGAGCCAGAGUAGAGGUUGCGUCUCAUUUCUCCUCAUCCUGAAGGAUCAAAAACCCAGUCCGUUCUCAGACUUCUGGCUCUGUGCCGAGUCUCUAGUGGACGGUAGAGCCACUUUGAGGAGGAGUAACUUCAACGCUUGAGGACACAGCAGCAGCUCUAGCUAUGACAGAAGCUCAAUACAGUGUUAAGCAUGUGGCCAUAAGGUCAGAGCGCAUGAUUGUAUGCACAACUCUGGAGAGGAAGAACCACCACAGGAAAAUGGAGAUUCAUGACUCAAACUGAUGAUUUUUGCGCUGUUAUAUUCCAAUUUGCUUUCCUCAGGGUUAAGGCUACGUAUCAAACUGAAGGCCCAGGGGCCAAAUCCAGUCCGCCAGGUAAAUUUAUAAGGCCUGGAAGGGUUUUAAAUAACUGAUAAAGUUUAACUCGAGGGAAGAUUCAGGAAGAUUCAUAGAGCAUGUGUGCAGGCUCAAGUAGAUGGCGCUGUCUGCUCACCCAUUUCUGCUUUGAAUGAACUUCUGAAAAUGAGAGCAACACCUAUUAAAAACCUAUUAAAAGUCCCAGAGCCGGGUCAUGUCUGCACAGCCCUCAUGGUUUCAGCUGAACGACAAAAUACUCAUUUCUUCAGUUAUUUAAUUCGUUCCGAUGUGGACAAAAGCGCCGUGUUUGGAAGUUUGAAGUUUCAUGCGUGAAAUCAGCGGAGAUUGAUUGUCGCUGCGUUUGUAAUUGAAUCGCCGCGACGUCAUUGGUUAGAAACUCUCCCGUCCUUAAACAAAUCACAUUGAGUUUCAAAUGUAAUUUCAGCCACAAGUGCGGCCGGACUUUCCCCACAGGGGCUUUAUUUACACCUCCGCCAGCCCACGUUUGGAGAGGCAGCGCCAUUCAUCACCAGAGAUGGCGGCGCAAUGAGAUCACGGCCUCCGUCUCGCGCCGACACUUCACAAUCAGCUCUUAUUAGACCCUGAUUAUUUGCCAUCAGCGCCCUCUGUACUCGGACUGAAAGCGCCACAGUCCCGGGCCUGUGCUGCAGAGCGUGAUGGAGCCUCAUGGAUACAUUACUCCUGACGGAAAUCAAUGUCACCGUGAGAGGCUGGCGACUGAGCGAUGGAGGAAAUCUCAAUAUUCUCGCCUUUCUAUUUCCUUCUAUUACCGGCCUUUUUCAACUUGAGUGCCAGUUUGAGGAGUUCAUGUUUUAGCAGGAGUGGCAGCUGAGAUUCAUCAGUGCUGUGCUGUGAAGUUCAGCAGCAGCAGCACCAGGCCUCUGACCACCGGUCACCGUCGCAAUGCUACAAAGUUUUAAGACGUCAUUAUUUGCUUUUCUGCAGGUGCAUUGUUGUCUCUAGCAUGUGUCUCGUACCAAGCAAAGAGAGGUCAUGUCCUCCAGUCAGCCACAUUACAGGUAGCUAAUGUAGUGAAACUCCACUACAAGCAAACCUCCUCCAGCAGAACAGGUGGUGACGUGACGGGUCCUCAGUUUCAGAGCUCAGUAGGUGGCGCUCUCACUUCAGAAAUAUUGUGAGGUUUCAUUGAAAUGGUUGAUAGAGUUAGUGAUGAGUAGAAGAGGUUUCAUGACACAGUAUUGAAGAGUAGAUUUCAUGAAUACAGUAUCCAGAUUUCAGAGGCCACCAGGUGGCGCUGUCUGCUGUAAAAUGUUUGGACAACUAAUUCAAUGAAACCUGACAGCAUCUCCAAACCAAGAGGGCCAUCUAGUGGUAGGUACUGUUUCAUGAUACCGCAUCUAUUUUUUUUUAAUUCGUAGUGACACAAAUGAAGGGUUGAAGCUUCAUGAAGCACGAUGCUGUUCAGAGCUCACUGAGUGAGGUUUCCCCUCUCUCUCUGAAAGUGAGCCAUGAAGCUUCAUGAUGCACCAUAGUGAUUCAUGGUGGAGAAUUGAAGUUUCACUACGGCCAAAAUCUUAGACUGGAGUGGACCAUCGAAAAGCACCAGCAACAGAGAGGAUGUGACGCUACAGCACUUGUGGUCACCAACUUUAUUAAAAAUGUUAGAAGCACAGUUGGAUGUUUGUCAGUAGCUGCUACUCUAUAUACACUUUACUUAUCUUUGAAGUUUGUGCUGUUGAACAAGAGUGUUUGUCAAAUCAUUUGUCACCAGCUCCACGACUCAAUUCCUCCUGUACAGUCGUCAACAUGAACUACAGAAAACAUUUUUAUUUGUGUUGUACAAGAGCUGACAUUUUUCCAACCGUGAGUUUUCCAAAUAAACCUACCUGGACCAGACCACGUGUC